AUGGGCUUCCCUCAUGACUCAGACAGUAAAGAAUCCACCUGCAAUGCAAGAGACCAAGGCAAUUCAAUUUUUUAUUGCCAAUCUCAACUUCUUUUGACUCUACAAAAGAAAUUGUAUCUACAGCAGCCCCUAAAGCCAAGGAGUCCAGCAAAUCAUCAGAUAAGACUCAUGACUGAAAAACAGCGGGAAGAAGCAGAAUGGGAAAACAUAAAUGUGCUGUUGAUGAUGCAUGGCUUAAAGCCUUUAUCUCUAGUCAAAAGAACAGAUAUGAAAGAUCUCAUCAUUUUUGACAAACAGUCAUCACAAACGAUGAGGGAGAAUUUAAAAACAAUGAUGGAGGAAACAUCACGUCAACAGAACAUGAUCCAGGAGCUCAUAGAAACUAAUAAACAGCUUAAAAAUGAACUUCAGCAACAACAAAGCCGAGCAGCAGAUCAGGAACAACGAGCUAAUGACUUGGAACAAAUUAUGGAGAGUGUGAAGUCCAAAAUUGGUGAAAUGGAGGAUGAAUCUGUAAAUAGGGUUUACCAGCAACAGAAUAAAAUAAAAGAACUUCAAAAGGAGCAUAAAGCUUUACAGGCAAAAUGUGAACAUUAUAAGAAAAAACGAAUGGAGCAACAAGAGACUAUUGCUGCUUUGCAGAAGGAUAUCUAUAGGUUAACACAGGAAGAAGAAGAACGCAUUAUCACUCAAAAUAGAGUGUUUUCUUAUCUCUGCAAAAGAGUUCCUCAUACCGUCUUGGAUAAACAGUUGCUUUGCCUUAUUGAUUACUAUGAAUCUAAAAUUAGAAAAUUUCAUAAACAAAGACAAUAUAAAGAAGAUGAAAGUCAGUCAGAAGAAGAAGAUUAUAGAAGCCUGAGUGCUUCACCCACUUACAACGGCCUUCUAAUGUCAUUACAGAAUCAACUCAAGGAAUCAAAAUCUAAGAUAGAUGUACUUUUAAGUGAAAAGCUGAAUCUUCAAAAAGAUUUGGAAGCCAGGCCUACACAGCAUGAAUUAAGACUUUAUAAACAACAAGUGAAGAAACUGGAGAAAGCCCUUAAGAAAAACAUCAAAUUACAGAAUAUUAUCAGUCAAAAAAAGGCUGAGGACAAAGAGGGAAAAGAUGAGCCCAGCAAAGAUAACCAGCAACAGGCUCUGAUUGACCAGAGAUACUUCCAGGUAUUGAGUAGCAUCAAUUCAAUUAUUCAUAAUCCAAGAGCUCCAGUAAUAAUAUAUAAACAGAGCAAAGGAACAGCUCAACAUUUUAAUAGAGAUCUUGUUCAGGAUUGUGGAUUUGAGCAUCUUGUUCCUAUAAUAGAAAUGUGGGCAGAUCAACUGGCUUCCUUAAAGGAUUUAUAUAAGUCCCUGAAAAUACUGUCUGCAGAACUGGUGCCUUGGCAUAAUUUAAAGAAGCAGGAUGAAAAUGAAGGUGUCAGAGUUGAACAUCUGUUGUUUAUAGUAGAUACCAUGUUAGAAGAAGUUGAAAAUAAGGCAAAGGACAGUAAUAUGCCAGACCUCCACAUUUUGCAAGCUAUUGUUUCUCACUUCCAAAAAUUAUUUGAUGUUCCUUCUUUAACUGGAGUCUAUCCUCGAAUGAAUGAAGUUUAUACUAGGCUUGGAGAAUUGAACAAUGCUGUGAGAAACCUCCAAGAACUCUUAGAACUAGAUAGUUCAUCCUCAUUGUGUGUGCUGGUAAGCACAGUUGGAAAAUUGUGUAGGCUGAUUAAUGAAGAUGUGAAUGAAAAGAUUAUGCAGGUAUUAGGACCUGAAGACCUUCAAAGCAUUAUCCGCAAAUUGGAAGAACAUGAGGAAUUUUUCCCAGCAUUUCAGGCAUUUACUAAUGAUCUACUCAAAAUCUUAGAAAUUGAUGACUUGGAUGCCAUUGUACCUGCAGUAAGGAAAUUAAAAAUACUUUCAUACUGA